CAAGCCCUGGGCUGAAACCCUGAGCUUGAGCAAACAGCCACGGGAUCACGCACCUUUUUAUUGGACCCAGAAACUGCGUUUUUCUCUCAUUACUUAAUUAUUUUUAGUUAAUCUUACCUUCAUUUUGUUUUCCAAUUGGAGGCAUAUUUUUUGCUUGUUGAUUGUUUUUGCUGAUUGUUUUUUGAAUGCCUGCACAAAGAAAGGCCUGGAUUUACCUUAUCAAAGACGGAAGCAAAGAAAGGGCGGCCACCUUUAGCUUUUUACCUCUAACAGUUUUUUAUGUGUGAAGAACUCAAAGAAAAUAUUUUUCCAAAUUCAAGGUGUUGAAGUGAAGGAUGGGAUCUGUACUUUCUUACUUUUGCAACUUGAAUACGAAAGAGAAAAAACAAGAGGAAGAACGAGUCCUGCGAGCCAAUGACAGAGGAUUCAACCUGUCUUUCCAGUAUGCUAACAAUGCCAUCAGAACCUCCAAAUACAACAUUUUUACUUUUUUGCCUCUUAACCUUUUCGAGCAAUUCAGGAGGCUUGCUAAUGCCUACUUCCUCUUCCUGCUCAUUCUUCAGAUGAUUCCGCAAGUGUCCUCUCUGUCCUGGUUCACUACAGCUGUACCGUUGGCUAUUGUGCUGUCUAUAACAGCAGCCAAAGACGCCAGUGAUGAUAUAAACAGACAUAAAUGUGACAAACAAGUCAAUAACCGUGAAGUGGAGGUCCUCAUUGAUGGAGAACUGAAGAAAGAAAAAUGGAUGGAUGUUCAAGUUGGAGACAUAAUAAAACUGGAGAACAAUGAGUUUGUCACAGCAGACCUCUUGCUGCUGUCUAGCAGUGAGCCUCUCAAUCUGGUCUAUGUGGAAACAGCUGAGUUAGAUGGUGAAACAAACCUGAAAGUGAAACAGGCCCUGACUGUAACUGGAGAGAUGGGGGACAGCACUGAGGCACUUGCUUCUUUUAAUGGUGAAGUGCUAUGCGAGCCUCCCAAUAACUGCUUGGACAAAUUCAAAGGUACUUUGACUGUGAAUGGACAAGCCUACAGUCUGGACAAUGACAAAGUGCUGCUCAGAGGAUGUACACUCAGGAACACAGAAUGGUGUUUUGGUCUGGUCUUGUUUGGAGGUCCUGACACCAAACUCAUGCAGAACUGCGGCAAAACAGUAUUUAAGCGCACAAGCAUUGAUCAUCUGAUGAACAUCCUCGUGUUGGCUAUCUUUGGUUUUCUUGCAACAAUGUGCGCCAUUCUAUCCAUCUGCAAUGCAAUCUGGGAGGCAAAUGAAGGCUCUGCGUUCACAAUGUUUCUUCCUCGUGAACCAGGUGUGAGUGGUUCUCUUUCAUCCUUCCUCACCUUCUGGUCCUACGUCAUAGUCCUUAACACGGUGGUGCCCAUUUCUCUCUAUGUCAGCGUGGAGAUCAUCCGUCUUGGAAACAGUUUUUUCAUUGACUGGGACAGGAAGAUGUAUUAUCCUAAGAACGAUACACCUGCUCAAGCAAGAACCACCACGCUCAAUGAGGAGCUUGGCCAGAUUAAAUAUAUAUUUAGUGACAAAACGGGAACCCUGACGCAAAAUAUCAUGACCUUCAACAAGUGCUCCAUUAAUGGAAAAGCCUACGGUGAGCUGUGUGACUUUUCUGGACAGAGAUUAGAAACAACAGAGAAAACACCUAGAGUGGACUUCAGCUGGAAUCAGCUUGCAGAUUCGAAGUUCAUUUUCCACGAUCACAGUCUGGUGGAGACGGUGAAGGAAGGAAAUCCAGAGGCCCAUGCUUUCUUCCGUUUGCUAGCUUUGUGUCACACUGUCAUGCCAGAAGAAAAGAAGGAAGGGGAGCUGAUUUACCAGGCUCAGUCUCCCGAUGAGGGCGCGCUGGUGACAGCAGCGAGGAACUUUGGUUUUGUGUUCCGCUCUCGCACGCCAGAGUCCAUCACAGUGAUGGAGAUGGGCAGGAAAGUUGUGUAUGAGCUAGUAGCUGUCCUGGACUUCAACAAUAUUCGGAAAAGGAUGUCGGUGAUAGUAAGAAGCCCCGAAGGCAAGACAACGCUUUACUGCAAAGGAGCAGAUACCAUCAUCUAUGAAAGACUGCACCCCUCCUGCAGCAACCUGAUGAAGGUCACGACUGAUCACCUCAAUAUGUAUGCUGGUGAUGGCCUGCGCACUCUGGUUCUGGCCUUCAAGAAUUUAGAAGAGAACUACAUGGAGGAGUGGAGGAAGCGCCACAAUGAGGCCAGCACUGCCAUGGAGGGCCGAGAGGAGAGACUUGAGGAACUUUAUGAAGAAAUUGAGAAAGACAUGACUCUGCUGGGAGCAACAGCUGUGGAGGACAAGCUGCAAGAUGGUGUGCCACAGACCAUUGAGCAAUUGGCCAAAGCUGACAUAAAAAUCUGGGUGUUGACUGGAGACAAGCAAGAAACUGCGGAAAACAUAGGCUAUUCUUGCAACAUACUAAGAGAAGAAAUGAAUGAAGUCUUCAUUGUUGCAGCCAAUACUGCCGAAGGAGUGCGAAAAGAACUACAAAGUGCAAGAAGAAAAAUGUGUCCGGAUGCUGCAGAAGAACCAUCUGUGAUCAAGGCUCGUGCUGGUUUGUUCUGGCUUAAGAAGACACAGACUGUGCAAGAUGAGAAAGUGAAUGGAGAAUAUGCCAUGUUAAUAAACGGACACAGUUUGGCCUUUGCACUGGAGGAGGAUUUGGAGCUGGAGCUGCUCAGGACAGUGUGCAUGUGCCAGACGGUGAUUUGCUGCAGAGUUACCCCACUGCAAAAGGCUCAAGUGGUUCAGCUCGUCAAGAAAUACAAGCAGGCUGUCACCCUUGCUAUUGGAGAUGGAGCCAAUGAUGUGAGCAUGAUCAAAGCUGCCCAUAUUGGUGUGGGCAUCAGUGGUCAGGAGGGUAUGCAGGCAGUUCUCUCCAGUGAUUUCUCCUUUGCUCAGUUCCGAUACCUCCAGCGGCUCUUGUUGGUGCACGGUCGUUGGUCUUAUCUCCGCAUGUGCAAGUUCCUAAGAUACUUUUUCUACAAGAACUUCACUUUCACCUUUGUGCACUUCUGGUAUGCGUUCUUCUGUGGCUUCUCUGCACAGACUGUUUAUGACGAGUGGUUCAUCACCUUGUAUAACACUGUUUACACUUCACUUCCUGUUCUUGCUCUCAGCCUCUUUGACCAGGAUGUAAAUGACCGCUGGAGCUUCCAGCAUCCGCAGCUCUACGCUCCAGGCCAACAAAACCUGUACUUUAGUAAAAAGGCCUUUGUGAACCUCACGGUAUUGAGCUGCUACAGCUCCUUAGUGCUCUUCUUUGUUCCCUGGGCAGCCAUACACGACACAGUCAGAGAUGACGGCAAAGACAUAGCGGAUUAUCAGUCGUUUGCUUUGUUUGCACAGACAUGUCUGCUAAUAGUUGUCAGCAUACAGAUGUGUCUGGACACAUAUCACUGGACAGCUGUGAACAACUUGUUUAUAUGGGGCAGCCUCGCUGCCUACUUUGCUGUAACAUUCACCAUGUACAGCAAUGGCAUUUUUGUCAUCAUCCCCUCUGCUUUUCCCUUCGUAGGCACAGAAAGAAACACUCUGAACCUCCCAAAUGUUUGGCUGACCAUCGUCCUGACAUCCCUCCUCUGCAUCCUUCCUGUGGUGGCUUAUCGCUUCAUUUUAAUGCAGAUUCGACCAACCAUUAAUGACAAGGUGAGACACAGGGCACGAAAGGAGCUGCCGCCGACACCCUCUCUUCAUCGACCAGUCCGACGUGUCAGCACCCGUCGGUCAGGCUACGCCUUCUCCCACUCUAAGGGUUAUGGUGACCUAGUGACUUCUCAGAGGUUCCUGAUAAUGCGACCUGUGAAGAGUCAAGCAAUGCGGUUCUCUCAUAUAGCCCCAACUGAAAGUUAGGUGGAGCAACACCGAACCAUAACCCAUGAGCCUUGCAGACGUUCUAGUGUUAUCACACUGAGAAAUGAUAAGGUUUCCUCUGACUGGAUUCACUGACCUUUUCAAGCUUUCUAUAAUCCAACAAAAUAAUUUUUAGGUAAUUGUUCCAUCCAUGCCUAUACAUGGUUUAUUAUCCAAGAGUGGUGUACAAUUCCAUUUACAGAAGCAAAGUCUAUUUGAUUUUAAUGGGACAGCUGAAAAUAAACUCCCUCACCUAUUUAAACAGCCUUGUCACAGCUAAUGAUUACUUUUAAUAAUUUCACUUAAAGACCCAAGAAAUUCAUCUUUUGAUCUGUUUUAAAAACUUUUUAAUAAGGAUUAUGACCUUCUUAACCAAAAUCAUAUGACUUGUGUUGUAUCCUUGGACAUCGUUUCUGCAGAGUGGCAGGAGUUCAUUACAAAGUCUAAGGCUGUGGGGGGGUUGUGUUGAUUUCAAUUAUCAUUUGUAUUAAAAAAAAAAUGUUAUAAAAAGAAACCUUGUUCCUUUU